CCACCCAUUGACCAUCCAGAAAUCAUGAGAGAACCAAUCACGUGUCCAGGCGCUUACUCUUUCAAUGCACACCAAAGAUAAGCCAUCCUCACUAAUGAUAUCACCGGCCGAACCUUCCUCUACCUCUACUACAAACACUCGCUUUCAUAUUAGUAGUUCUAAACCCAAAACCAUCAAUUCACUCCCUCAAGAUUCACACGCAACAAUUGAUGAAAAUCCAACGGCUGAAAUCAUGCUUUUGACUUCUUUGCCCUAGUUCUAGAAUUUUAUAUUUUUCAGGAAAUUCACCACCACCACCGCUAUAUAAACUUCGGCAACUCCCGAUUCUCACAAACGAACGCAAUCAAGAACGAAAUCGGAACAACUGAAGAGAUAAAAGGAUUUCUUACCAUGGAUCCAAGGGACAAUGGCCACGCUUUCCAUUUUGAGUCGUCGAACUGGAUCUCACCGGAGGAGCACGAUGGUGGGGUGAAUUUUGAGGAAGAUGCCGAUGAUUCUGAUUUCGAGUUCGUGCUUCGGGAUCCAGACUCCGGUAAGGAGAUCACUGCGGAUGAAAUGUUUGACAACGGCCGGAUCCGCCCGGUUUUCCCUCUCUUUGGCCGGCCUCUUUCCCCUACCGGAGACGCUCCCACCGCAGCCGUCGCCGAUCUGGAGCCGGAGACCAGGAUCUCGAUGCAGAAGCUCCUGAUGGAGGAACGAGACAGCCUACCAGCGUCCACAUCAUCAUCGGAGUGCGAUGAGCUGGAGAGCCUCCCUGACACCACCUACUGCCCCUGGUCUCCGGAGAAGCAACGGCGAAGCUCGUCCGCUGGGGGAUCGAGGCGGUGGCGGCUAAUGGACCUCGUUGAUGGUCGGAGCCGGAGCGAUGGGAACAAGAGGUUCGUGCGUAUGCCGCCGGAGGAGAAGGAUAAGAAGCCAACAAGCACUAGCAGUGCUCCAAAGGAUGGAGAGAAAAAGCCUAAGGCGAGUAAGGUUACCGAGUUGGAUAUGGUAACCGCUCACAAGCUCUAUUACUCGAAGAAAGGCGGUGAUGUUACGAAGACGGGCCGCAAAUCCUUGUUGCCGUACCGGCCUGAGUUCAUCGGUUUCUUUGGCAAUGCCGCUAGUCGGGCCCACAGCCCGUUUUAAUUUUCUUUUUUAAAAAAAAAUUUUUUGAACUUUGAAUAUUUAUUUUACGUUUAAUUCCAAUUUUAAUAUUUUUUUUUCUUUAUUUCCCCAUGUUUAUAUGUAAAUUGUCUGGUAUAUAUAUGAGGCAUUCAAUGUAGCACAGCAUUAAUUAUGUGAACAUUUGAA